CUGUGUUUGUUUAUAAAAUAUGGAAAGUGAUUCAUAGUACUUUAUUAGUUUAGUAGAUAAUUUAAUUACAUUCAAAGACUAACAAUGUCUCUUAGUGCCAGUGCAGAAAACUUAAACGCCGAAACUCAGGAGUAUGAUGGGACCAGUAAUAUGUGUUUGGAAUUGGCUUUGGAAGGUGAAAGAUUAUGCAAAUCUGGUGACUGUAGGGCCGGGGUUGCUUUCUUUCAAGCAGCAAUCCAAGCAGGCACUGAUGACCUCCGUACAUUGAGUGCUAUAUACAGUCAGCUUGGAAAUGCAUACUUUUAUCUUGGUGACUAUGGAAAGGCUAUGCAAUACCACAAACAUGACUUAACAUUAGCAAGAACAAUGGGAGACAAACUGGGCGAAGCGAAGUCGUCGGGAAACUUAGGCAAUACGUUAAAAGUAAUGGGUCGUUUUGAUGAAGCGGUAGUUUGCUGUAAAAGACACCUGGAACUAUCACGGGAAUUGGGUGACAAACUUAGUGAGGGAAGAGCCCUUUACAAUUUGGGAAACGUCUUUCACGCAAAAGGAAAACACAUAGGACGUUUAGGUCAUAAGGACCCGGGAGAAUUCUCUGAAGACGUGAAGAAAUGCCUAAACGAAGCUGUAAAUUAUUAUGAGGAGAAUCUGAUUCUGAUGAGGGAUUUAGGGGACAUAGCGGCUCAGGGCAGGGCUUGCGGAAAUUUAGGUAAUACGUUUUACCUCUUAGGAAAUUUCGCUGAAGCAAUACAUUACCAUGAGGAGAGAUUAUCUAUAGCUAGGCAAUUUGGAGAUAAAGCAGCGGAGAGAAGAGCCCACAGCAAUUUGGGUAAUUCACACAUUUUUAUGGGACAAUUUUCUGAUGCUGCUCAUCAUUACAAGCGCACUUUAGCCCUGGCACAAGAACUUGGAGAUGAGGCUAUUGAGGCUCAAGCCUGUUAUAGUUUGGGUAACACUUACACCCUUCUAAGGGAUUAUGAAACUGCCAUUGAAUAUCACUUAAGACACUUCUUGAUUGCCCAAAACUUAUCAGACAAAGUUGGUGAAGGCAGAGCAUGUUGGUCUUUGGGCAAUGCUCAUGCUUCUUUAGGUAAUCAUGAGAAAGCUCUCAGUUUUGCCAAAAAACAUCUGGAAAUUAGUAAAGAACUUGGUGAUGGUAUGGGCGAAGCGACGGCACAAAUGAAUAUAACAGACUUAAAGAAAAUUCUUGACAUACCAGAGAGCCCCAGCGAUUCUGAAACGAAACCAAGUACCCCAGAAGACGACAAGUUAAAUGACAUCACACAUCAACAACUGCACAGAUUAAGAAGAGAAAGCAUGGAACAACUCAGUUUAAUUAAGUUGACCCCAGAUGGCAAGAAACUAGGCAGUGGCAACAUAAACAAGACGACAAUGCCCUUAAAGAAUGAAGAAGAGGAUUCAUUCUUUGAUUUACUAUCCAGAUUCCAGUCGAAACGAAUGGACGACCAGCGCUGCUCCCUGACAGUCGAUAAUAAGGAGAACAGGAAUGUCGCCAAUCUUCCCAAAAAUGACGGCCCCGAAGACUUAAUAGACAUGAUUGCCGGCAUGCAAAGCAAACGCAUGGACGAGCAGCGAGUGGAGCUUCCACAUCUUCCUGGACUGCAAACUGGUGCGAGACAGCGUACGCCCCACGCUCGUGCGAGUAGCGUACCAGAUGACAAUUUCCUCGAGCAAUUGGUGCGUUGCCAAGGUUCCCGAUUGGAGGAUCAGCGCUCGCCACUACCAGCGGCUGCCGUCGACACCGAAUCCGAUCCACCGCCGCCCCCGGCGAACGCUCAACGUCAAACUGGCGCCACCGUCCCAGAUGAAGACUUCUUCUCACUCAUCAUGCGCUUCCAGAGCGGUCGUAUGGAUGAUCAACGCGCCACCGUACCAAGAGCGGACAAUCGGUUGGCAAAUGGAGCCAUUCCAAAUGCUUCCAGUCGUUUAAACAAUAGUAUUAAGAAUCCGCCCGGUAAAAAGAAAAAGUAACUUCAAAAUCAAAACGACUUAAUAAUGUAUGCUUAAAAACAAUUGUUAUAGUAUUUAGAAGAGUAUAUGUGAGUUAUGAUGUUGAAAUGAAUGAUAUUACUGUUGAAACGCGUUUAUACUACUAAUACUGUAUCUUUUGUUGCUGCAAAUUAAAUAAUAUAGGUUAAAUAUGAAGUUAUAUCAAAUUAGAAAUCUUAUUUUAAGAGAAUAUAACAGAUUUAAAGCUUAUUGUCAUGUUUUAAACAGUUGUUUUAUAAAUAGUAUAAAUCAGACUGAGUUACCUUCUCGAAUUAGAUAUGUAGACCUUUAUUAGUAUUAUUCCACAAAUUUUAUAAUAUAAUCUGGGACUGAACUACUAUUUAGUGCCAAAAUUAUAAUUGAUUAACUCUUUAGAAUUCCAAAUAGUAUUAAUUAUAUAAAUAUAUUCAAAUACAAUUAUUUAGUUAUUGUUCCAUAGGAUUUAUAGAUCACAUACAUCUUGUUUACACUGACUGCCAAUGUUAAUGUAUAUGUAUUUUUUAUAAGACAUGUUUAACAUAACAUUUAUAUGUCAAUAAAGAAUGUUAUUAUGUAAUAAUUUUAUACUCUUAAAAUUUUAUUUAUAUAGAUGUACGUUUUUAUUAA